AUGUACCCGGAGUGGCAGUUGAUGAAGGAUGGUCACCCCGACGUGCCUACAUUGGAGGAGUGGAUAUACACCAACCUGGGCCCCACCACGCCGGUGGGGAUGAACAGCUACCUGUCAACAGUGGCGGAUUGGGAGCGGCGGCGCAAGACGAUCAACUUGGUGCCGGUGCCGGAGAUGGUGCAACCGCUCAUGCCACCCUCUGGGGAACCGUACGCGGAGCUGUUCGCUCGCCCUGAGGAAUUCUGCGGACAGCGGUGUGAGGAAAAAGUUGCAGCUCUCGUGGCAGCGCUGGAACAACAAAAGUGUGACGUGAUGGUGCUCUCCGCGCUGGAUGAGGUGGCAUGGCUUACUAACUUGCGCGGUACAGAUGUGCCGUUCAACCCUGUAUUUUACGCGUAUGCCGUGGUCCAACGCGCCACACCAACAGUGCAUCUCUUCACACACGCACAAAAGUUACCGGAACAGGCGAGUAAGGCUGCAACAACGACGGCAGGAGGAAACAGUGACGCUCUGCUGGAACUGCACCCGUAUGACGGGCUUGAGGCUUACCUCCGCACGCUGCCGUGCGGAUCAAUGUUCGCCGUCGAUUCUUACCAGACGAGCCAGCGGCUGUACACAAUGCUGGAGGCGCUGGGGAUGCAGACGCGGCGUCUUAAUUGCGGCCCCGCGCAGCAGUUGAAGGCGACGAAGAAUGCGGUGGAGAUUGGGGGCUUCCGCCGCUGUCACGUGCGUGACGGAGUGGCUCUGACACGCUACCUGGCGUGGCUGCACCACGCGGUGGCGCUGAAAGGUGACAGCAGCAUCACCGAGUACAGCGGGGCCGAGCGACUGGAGGCGUUCCGCCGCGAGGAGGCGCACUUCGUGCAGCUCAGCUUCCCCACAAUCUCCUCGGCAGGGCCUAACGCUGCCAUUGUGCACUACACGCCGCCGCGGGAUGGCUCCGCCCCCAUUGCGCGCGACCAGCUGUACCUCGUCGACAGCGGCGCGCAGUACCUCGACGGCACGACGGACGUGACGCGGACCGUCUGCUUCCAGCCGCCGCGGCCGGAGGAGCGUGAGGCGUACACUCUCGUUCUGAAGGGGAACCUCGCGUUGCACGACGCGGUGUGGCCCGCCGGCACAAGCGGCCACCGCCUCGACGCACUCGCCCGCAUGGCGCUGUGGCGCUGCGGCCUCAACUACACGCACGGCACCGGACAUGGCGUCGGCUCCUUCCUUAAUGUGCACGAGGGGCCGCAGGGCAUUGGCAUACUCCCCACACCAACAGGAGCGACACUCGCCGCUGGAAUGGUGAUGUCGAACGAGCCGGGCUACUACAAGGAUGGCAGCUUUGGCAUCCGCAUCGAGAACCUCGAGGUGGUGGUGGGCGCUGACACAAAGUACAGCGCGAAGGGGUACUUGACAUUCGACACCCUCACCAUGGUGCCGCUGUGUCGCGAGUUGAUUGACGCAGCAGCGUUAACGGAGGAGGAGCGGCGGCUGGUCGACGCGUAUCACCGGACCGUCUGCGAGACGCUUACUCCACACCUGCAACGACACAAUGACAGCUGCGCACUCGCAUACCUGGAGCAUCACACGGCCCCACUCUAG